AGGCAGAGUAAACUUGCGCGCAGGCAGCGCACGGCAAAGCGCGUUCGCGUGCGCCUAGGAUUGGCAUCGGGUUUGUGCAUGCACGCCGAGUGUAUAGCGCCGCGGACUGCUCGAACGCAUACUUAUAUUGAUCUUGCAGCCAUGGCGCGCAAAGCAUCGCCGGCCUGGUGCCUCAGCGCAGCGCUGCUUCUCGUUGCACUAGGCAUUGCGAGCGCGGGGCCUGCGCUGGUGCCAGACAGCGUCAAGCCAGACCCCAAGGGCGAUGGCUACAUCGUAUCUUUUACGCUGAACGUCACCGUGGCAUACGGCGCGCCGAGCUGCUUCGCGCGCAGCAUUGUGCUUACGUCCGGCUAUUUUGAGCCUGCAAUCGUGAUCAACCAGGGCGACACGCUCAGGAUCAACCUGAUCAACAACAUCCCCGCGUCCUUCCCCACCGUGAGCGACGGCAUCUCCAUCCAUUAUCACGGCCUUCGCAUGAGCGGCCCUGCGGCCUGGCUGGACGGCGUGUCGUACAUCGGCCUGUGCCCUGUGGCUCCUGGAUCGUCGUACCAGUAUGAGUUUAAGGUGAACGACCCGCCUGGCACCUACCUGUGGCACGACCACGCCGCCGGCUUCAAGGGCGACGGACUGGAGGGACCGCUCAUUGUGCUGCCGCCCCGCGCCGGACCGCCCGUGCUGCCGCAGCCCGGCGCCGCGCCCGCCUGGCCGCCCGCCGCCCAGCCCGACCUGUGGUCCUAUGACGGCGAUGAGACGCUGUUCCUCGGCGACUGGUACCACGCCACCACCAGCUCCAUGCUGUUCCGCCUCAACCAGCCCUUUGACAACGCCAAGGUCACAAACGACAGCGGCGCCUGGAACUGGGUCGGCAACCCGCAGGCUGUCCUGGUCAAUGGCGCCGGCUUUUACGGCGACUGCAGCCUGUACCCGGUGGCUGGCGGCGGCCCCACCCCGCCCGCCUGCGCCCCCUCUGCAUUCACGGUGGCGGCCGGCCGCAGCGCGCAGCAGCCCUGGGCUUCCAACAACAAUCCAGGUUGCACGCACACCCAGGUGACUGUGCAGCCCGGCAAGACGUACCGCCUGCGCCUGGUGAACGCGGCGCUGCUGGUGUACAUGACCGUGUGCUUUGAGGGACACAACGUCACGCUCAUCGCGGCGGACGCGGUGCCUGUGGCUCCCGUGUCCACCCAGUGCGUGGACGUCAACAGCGGCCAGAGGAUCGACGUGCUGCUGAAGGCCGACCAGCCCGCCGCCAACUACUGGAUCUCGGUGGUGCCGCAGUACCGCACCGGCGCGCCCGCCGGCUACGCCGUGCUCCACUACGCGGCGGCCGGCGUCAACGCCUCCACCUUCCCCGCCACCACGGCGCCGCAGCCGGUCAGCAUCACCCCCUGGAGCGACAGCAUGAACGCCAAGGUGGUGCUGGCUCCUGAGCUGCUGGUGCCCAGCACUGACCCCAAGGUGGCGCGCUACCGCCGCCCCGGCCAGGCCAGCCUGGCUCCUCCCGCCGCCGCCAGCAAGCUGGUGUACGUGAACCUGUCGCAGCCGCUGUUCAACGAGAACGGGCAGCUGCGCUGGGCGCUGGACAACGUGGCCAUGCCGCGCACGCCGCCCUGCCAGCCGCUGCUCAGCUCGCUGCGCAAGGACCCCAAGUACCUCACCAAGCAGGCUGUCCCGGCCAGCCAGCUGAACGGCACGGGCGUGGGCCCCAACGUGCUGGUGGGCACCGCCGGCAAGAGCCGCACCACGCCUGUGUACUACGAGGGCCUGAGCCCGGUGCCCGUGUACCCGUCCGUGGGGCUGCACAUCGUCGAGCUGGCCGGCGGCGCAGUGGUGGACCUGAUCGUCAACAACAACCCUGCCAACUCCUUCAACGGCGACCUGCGCCCCGUCGACGGCCCAACCCGCAUCGCCAUGGAGCAGCACCCCUUCCACCUGCACGGCCACCGCUUCUGGGUGCUGGGCCGCGGCACCGGCGGCAACUACAACGCCAGCGCGCACGCCGCCGGCCUCAACACCGCCAACCCCUCCUACCGCGACACCGUCACCAUCGCAGCGGGCGGCUGGGCCUACCUGCGCUUCGUGGCCGACAACCCCGGCAUUUGGCCCUUCCACUGCCACAUCCUGCCGCACAUCUUCAUGGGCCAGCAGCUCUAUUUCGUGGAGGACAUCAAGAACCUGGCGCCGCCGCCCAGCAAGACGCCCAAGUGCCCCAGCGCUUGCAGGUAUAACUUCGCGCCGUACACCAAGUCCUGGCUGCGUGCCAAGUACGGCAUGAGCGGCUGGGAGCUGCCUCCGCUGUGAGCAGCCCGCUCCCCAUGACGGUGCCGCUGCAGGGUGCCGCUGCAGGGUGCAGUAGACUCGUGAAUAUGUGUGCGUUCGUGUGUGCAAUUAUGUGAAUGAAUGUUUUUAGCCUGCAGCAGGCUAUAAGUUUCGGGUGUGAUUCAUAGGCCGUCCGCCAUACUAUUGCAUUCGUUUCCUUACAGCAUCGUCGAUAACUAGCUAUCAUCACGCGGUUGCAUGCAAUCCGGGCCGCUUCCGCGGCGUCGCAAACCUCCUCGGCUUAUUACUUUUAGACGGGCUUCGUACGGUACUGCUAGCGCUGGAUGUGGUGUGCUCCAUUUAUAUAUGCUCGUGAUCCUGCUUCGAGUAAGGGCCAGCCGCGCCACGUGCGCGUAGCCAACCGAGUGCACCACUGCAUCAUAUGCAUGAGGCGAUGCACUUUCGAACGGUGUGCUUAGAACGGCCGGCUUUUGUCGGUUCGAGUUCUUACUAGGGUACGCUUCCUAUCGGUCAUUUGCGCGUCAGGAGUUAAUGGAAGGCUGUGGCUAGAGGCUGUCAGAACAGAGGGCGCGACACGCGUGGCACGCUUAGCUACAUGUGCCCCCUCGUGUUGUCAACCUUUGUUUGCAAUCAAUGCCGAGUAGCCAUGCACUGGAAGUCUUGCCGCUGCCUACUUGUGUAAUCCAGCAAGGCGGCGAGUGAUCGAUGACGAGGCCAAUGGAGCAGUUGCGGGUAGCUGAUUUCCGUGUCACGCUUGUCUACAGCCCCGUUCCAGUGCCUACGGCAGUGGCGGCCACCGAGGCGGGCGGGCGCCUAAGUCGCUGGAAGGGUGCUUAGCCACGGCGUGGGCUGCUUAACCGCGGCUGGUGUCGGUGGUGUGCGGCGCGCACGUAGCAACCUGGUGAGGCAGUGGCACUGGUGCCACCGGUGCCAGCGCCACCGUAGAUAGCCAGGGCGCGGCCACAGCGCAUGGUAGCAAGAUGGGGAGGAGGGCACAUGGCUGCGCUGAGCAGACCCACGACAAGUGGCAGCACCACACCCCGGGGUCCGGGGAGGGAGGAUGAGUUCAGGAUCUGGGGAGGUGGCAAAGCCCCGAGACGUCG